AUGGACUGGAGCUCUAUUUACGAGAAUAAUGGCGAGGAGGACGGCAACUGGAAAGACCGAGGCGAAACGCGUUCAUCUCGUAACGCACACCGCUUGCUUCACCGCGAGUCGUCAUUUUCUCUUGUCAAGCAGCAGGACUUAAGCGCGCAGUACUCUCCCUACGUGGCCUACGCCUUUACUGUUAAUUACAUUCUUGGUGUAGGUUCGCUAGGAAUUCCUUAUGCAUUUUACCGUGCAGGCUUGAUCAUGGGCAACAUUAUGAUUGUACUCGUCACGUUACUAUCCUACAUAACUGUAAUGUGGGUCUGUGAAAGUGUCGCGAGAGCUCGAGAGGCUUUCGUCUUGAAUUUUCUACUUGACGAAAUGGCAGCACUUAACUCCGUUGCUUCUUCUUCGUUUACUGGUUCUACUUUCGAUACAAAUACACGCUCUACCUUGAAAGGUACUGCAACUAUAGAAUACGAUGACUUUCCGGAAGUUACUCAGUUAUGUGAUAGGUUCCUAGGUCCCCUUGGCUCUACGAUGUACCAAAUUUCUCUUUUAGGACUCAUGUACGGAGGUUUAGUAGGCUACAGUCAAGUUUUUGUCAACACGUUCUUGACUCAACUAGAUCACAUUGGAGACUGGCAGCUCUCUAGUGUCCAUGCAGCUAUUGUCUUUACCUUUAUCGUCUUGCCUUUGUCGUGCUCGGACCUGACAGAGCAGAUCUAUGUCCAGUUGGCCAUGUCCAUCGUACGCUUCGCGGCGUUGCUGAUCAUGAUCAUUAGUGCCACGUAUGCAAUAUAUGGAGAUCCGUAUGACGGCGGAAAGGAGCUCAAGAACAGUUCGGAGUCGCCGUAUAUUAGCAACUACUCACUCGUGGACAUGAGCGGUUUUGGCGUCAUGUUCAGCACCAGUGUGUUUUCUCAGUUGUUUCAGCAUUCUGUGCCGGGUUUGUUGGCUCCACUGGGUGCAAAGAAUCAGGAGCACGCAAAGACAAUUUUUGGAAGUACAUUGCUUACGACCAUGAUAUUUUACAUUGCGCUGGGGUCGGUGUGCUCGCUGUAUUUUGGUUCAAAGUUGACGACAAGUGUGAAUUUAAACUGGGCGGAUUUUACGUGGGGAAUCAACGAGUCGACGACGCUUGUGCCUCUGUGGGCAAAGUUUCUGUCGAAAAUUGUCGUGAUAUUUCCCGCUCUCGACACUUUGAGUGUGUUCCCUCUUAUUUCUGUGACGCUUGGUGACAAUAUGGCUGCUGUGGUACCAAAGAGAUGGACUCGAGGUAGGAGGAAAUCAUCGUGGAAGCUUCUGUGUCGAUUUGGUGCAGCCUUGCCGCCAUUGUUAAUAUCAAUGUUUCUUUCAGACUUGUCGGUCACCCUUCAGAUUAGUGGGUUGUUGGGAAUUUACGUGGCAUUUUUUGCACCCGCCUUGUUGCAGUUACAAGCUCGUCGUGAAGUCUUAAAGAGUAAUGUCUACAGCAGUACUUUCAGCGGAACAGCAUAUGUAUACGGCGUCUUGGUAUUCGGCACGCUGGCACUACUAGUUCUGCUCUAUCAGUUAGUGCUUCAGAUCAUUGGAGGAUAA